CAUCAUAAAACCUUUAUUUAAAUCUCAAAAGAUCAUUGCCCAUCAUUUACAGUGAUGUUCAGCUUAAACAUACCAAACACAAACAAACAUCUCGCACAAACCUACCAAACAUCCCUGCUUUACCUGGGGAAACAGGUGGUGGCUUCUUGAGAUUCACCUCUGAUAGAUGCUGACAGAAUUCCUCAAUGUAAGAGAUGAUUGGCUGAGUCGCAGUAUGAAUAACUGCCACCAUUUCUUUUUGAUUUUUUCUCACCACUCUUUGAGUGUUUUUUUUUUCUCUUUUCUUUCACAGACACCUCCUGCUCUGUAUUAAUGCAGUGCAAAAGAGUUUUUUUAUUAAACAAAUUUAUCACAAUUAAGAAAAAAAAAAACAGAAUUCCUGGACUUGCUGAUGGCUGCACUCUAGUUAAAAGUAAAGAAAACAUUUGCAAGCUGGAUCAGGAAUAAUUACACUUCCAUUUGCUAGACGCUAGAUAAACUAGCUUCCUGGCUCCUGUGAAUGCUGCAGGAGACAGCCACGGAGACAGUUAAUCAGCCCAGUGCUAGCCAGGAACUGUGAUUGGGGUGGCUAGCGGCAUUAGCCCCGCAAGUUGGCUAGCUGGCGAGCCAUAUUAUGUUCUUAAUCGCAGGUGUGCUUAACACGCUAGCGUUAGCUAAUUAGCAUGCUAUGUGGCUAAUGGCACAAUCACCGGCUGAAAAAUGAAUAGAAAGUUAGGCGAACUUUUGCAGGCUGGAUCAAAACAAUCACGCUUGAAAGUUGGUAGUUGCCUGUUAAACCCAAUGCCGUAUUUGGAAAUGCACAGAAAUUGUCUCGUGUGCAGCUGUUUUUUUCGUCCUGACAAAAAAAAGUUCCUAACUCCAAAAGCCUGACCUCACAAAACAUGUCAACAUGCCAAAACUUGAACUCCAUAACUUUAUAGACUGAGAGCUGUGAACAGCAACACAGUCGUGCAGUGAGAGAGGCUGUGUGUUUCACGAGCUGCUGAAAGUCUGCACUUUCUCCACACUCCCUGAUCUGCUCAGCCUGGUCUCAGUCUAACACCACACCUCCUGCAGCUGUGGGCAGAACCAGGAAGUCACUCCCACUCUCUGUCACGCAGUUUCAGAGAAACGAAACUUAACUCUGGCUCUGUCAAUGUGAGCAGUAAAAUAACAGAUAACAUUAUACAGUUGAGUCUGCUCAGAACUAGAAAUAUAUCCUGCUCUUUCUCACACAGAUUCAUAAAGACUUUACUGCAUUCUGAACUAAAACUAAUCUGCGUUUUUUGCAGUAAAAUGGCACAGGCUGCAGGUCUUCUGGAUCAGGACCAGUUCAGCUGUGCAAUCUGUCUGGAUCUACUGAAGGAUCCGGUGACUAUUCCCUGUGGACACAGUUAUUGUAUGGGCUGCAUUAAGGGCUACUGGAAUCAAUAUGAUCAUACUGGAGUCUACAGCUGUCCCCAGUGCAGACAGACAUCCACUCCAAGGCCUGUUCUGGGCAAAAACACCAUGCUGGCUGAAGUGGUGGAGAAACUGAAGAAGAUAGGACUCCAAGCUGCUCCUCCUGCUCACUGUUAUGCUGGACCUGGAGAUGUGGCUUGUGAUUCCUGCACUGGGAGAAAGCGCAAAGCUGUCAAGUCCUGUCUGGUGUGUCUGGCCUCUUACUGCGGAACUCACCUCCAGCCUCACUAUGAAUCUCCUGCCUUUAAGAAGCACAAACUGGUCAAAGCCACUGGAAACAUGCAGGAGAAGAUCUGCUCUCAUCAUGACAAACUGCUGGAGGUUUACUGUCGUACUGAUCAGCAGUGUAUCUGUCUGCUGUGUGUGAUGGAUGAACACAGAGGCCAUGAUACAGUCUCAGCUACAGCAGAAAGGACUGAGAAACAGAAGCAGCUGGGGGUGACACAGAGUAAAUUCCAGCAGAGAAUCCAGGAGAGAGAGAAGAAGCUGCAGGAUCUGAGACAGGCUAUGCAGUCACUCAAGCGCUCUGCACAGGCAGCAGUGGAGGACAGCGAGAGGAUCUUUACUGAGCUGAUCAGCUCCAUUGAGAGAAGGCGCUCUGAGGUGAAAGAGCUGAUCAGAGAUCAGGAGAAGGCUGAAGUGAGUCAGGUUGAAAGACUCCUGGAGCGACUGGAGCAGGAGAUUGCUGAGCUGAGGAGGAGAGACGCUGAGCUGGAGCAGCUUUCACACACAGAGGAUCACAUCCAUUUCCUCCAGAGCUGUCAGUCUCUCUGUGUCCCCCAUGGAUCUGGAGACUUACCCAGCAUCACUGUCAGUCCACACGACUCUUUUGAGGCUGUGAGGAAAUCUGUCUCUGACCUGAAAGAGCGACUGGAAGACAUCUACAAGGGAGAACUGGUCAAAAUGUCUAUAUCAGUGAAAGAAAUCUACACUGUAAACCUGAGGACCAGAGAGGAGUUUUUAUUUUAUUCCUGUCAGCUCACUCUGGACCCCAACACAGUGAAUAAAUGCCUCCGUCUCUCUGAGGGGAACAGAGAGGUGACCUGUGUGAGAGAGAGCCAGUCAUAUCCUGAUCAUCCAGAGAGAUUUGAGCGCUGGGCCCAAGUGCUGUGCAGAAAGGGUCUGUCUGGACGCUGUUACUGGGAGGCUGAGUGGAGUGGGAUUGGGGAGGUUUUUAUUGCAGUCUCAUAUAAAGAGAUCAGCAGGAAAGGAAGGGGUGAUACCUGUAUAAUGGGAUAUAAUACGAAGUCUUGGUGUUUGCGCUGCUCUCCCUCCAGUUACUACUUUUUGCACAAUAAUAUGCGCACUGAAAUCCCUGUUCCCCGCUCCUCCAGAAUAGGAGUGUACCUGGAUCACAGGGCAGGAACUCUGUCCUUCUACAGCGUCUCUGACACAAUGACCCUCCUGCACAGAGUCCAGACCACAUUCACUCAGCCCCUCUAUCCUGGGUUUGGGGUUUAUUUUGUCGACUCUUCUGUAAAACUGUGUGAUCUGUGGUGAGAGAGGGGAGAUCAGCUGUAAUCAGAGUGAGAGAGAAACACUGCAGUGAGACAGAGAGGAGAAGUGAAUAAAAUAUAGAAGAUUAAAUUUGAAGA